GCCAGCCUGCCACUUCAUUGUUUCGCCACUGAAAUCACUGAUAAUGAAUAAGUUACAAAAAAAAACGUUUAAUCAUGUAGUACUAGUAUCCGGUAUCCCAUUUCCUCUAGCAACCGGAUGCUAGUUAAAGUUGAAUGGGCUGGGCUUAAUUGAAUUUAUAGAAUGUAGCGUUUAUAAAAGAUGGAAGGCCCAUAAAAAGUCCAAUCAUGUGUUAACAAUCAUGACACAACAUCCACGACUUGUCGGCUCCUAAAACCCUCGUACAAUCACACUAUAGCUUUGGUUUCGAGUUCUCGUAAUUUCCCGAAGUACAUUCAGAAAAGAACAGCAAACUAAAGAUUUUCCUUUGCCCUGCCUGCAUCGCACGAUGGAAUUCACUACCGCCGACGUGGAAAAGGUGUUUCUAUUCGACCACCUUCGCAAAGGAUGUGAGGCUCAGUACGCUAAGGAUCCUCUCGAUUCCGAUAAUUUGCUUAAAUGGGCUGGUUCGUUGAUUGAACUUGCUCAGUUCCAGACUGUUACCGACGCGAAGGUGAUGUUAAAUGAUGCUAUUUUCAAGUUGGAAGAGGUAUUGACAUUGAGUCCAGGGAAGCAUCAGGCUCUUUGGUGUCUUGGCAACGCCUACACUACCCAAGCUUUUCUUUUUCCUGAUGCUGAUGUAGCCAAAGGUCACUUCGAUAAAGCCGUUGAUUAUCUCCAAAGAGCUGAAAAUGAGGAUCCAGGUAAUGAGAUAUAUCGCAAGGCCUUGGAUGUUGCAAUAAGGGGCCCGGAAAUACUAAUGGAGCUAAAUCAGAAUGAAAUGAUGCAGCAGGCACUAGGUGGAGGAGGAGGAGGUCCAUCAGCUUCAUCAAAUGCUACCCUUUUUCAGGGCGGUGAGAACAUCAAGACGAAGAAGAACAAUGACUUCACGUACAAUGUAUGCGGUUGGAUCAUUCUAGCCUGUGGGAUUGUUGCUUGGGUUGGCAUGGCAAAAGCCCUUGGCCCUCCACCACCUCCUGCUAGAUAAAGCCCGUAGUUGUGUGACUGGCAUUCCACAAGUUUGCCGACCAGAUCAUGUACACCUCCAUAGAAUUGUUUUUCUUUACUUAGUUACCAGUAUGUAUGUUUAUUAAUUUUUGAUUUCCUGGAACUAUGUAUGAGUUUUCUUAUUUAUAUAAGAUAAAUGAAUAGCGUAAGUGGAGCUCUAGAGAGGUCAAGAGUAGGUUUUUUUUUCCUUUGCAACUGAUUAAUCAAAUCUUCUGGCAAAUAAAAACUUACGAUUUUGCUGUCACAACCACGUAUAAAUGUUGGGGAGUUCGUCAAUGAUUAUAUGAAUAAUAAUUCAUAUGCAAAUGAAUAGUUGGGUAAAUGAAUUUUAUUAAAGUUUUGACAAAAAAAUGAAUUUUAUUAAAAAUUCGACCAAAAAAAUGGAUCUUGUUAAAAUUUAUGUAUAGGUGGGAGAGCUUGUUUUAUAUUUUCUGAAAGAGAGUUGGAGUUGGUUCUAAGAUUAAAGACCACAAAGUUGUGGCUUCUAUUACAAGAGAGGGCCCAGACUCUUGAGAAAAAGAAACUCUUGGACUAUAAUUUAAUCUUUGUUUGGAUACAAGCAGUUGAAAUAUCAAAUAUCUUCUGAUCUGAUGAUUCAGAAAGCUCUUCUUGAUGAAUUGUUACAUAAUCUCAAAAUUUGAAGAUAGAGUAGGUCUUCUCUAAGGAUGUUGAUAGCUACCGAGCUUUACCACUACUCUUUUAAAUGGAACUGAAGGUAUCAUUCAAACGGGUUUGAUUAGUCAUAGGUUAACCGGCUUGCAGGCUCGGUUAGGCCGGGUUUUUAAAUUUCACGGAUUGAAGAAGCAGUAAUCCUAAUAGUGUGCAAGUCUUUUUGGUCAAAAAGUGUGUAAUCAUAAAGAUGAAAAUAUUAUUUUCAACCAAGUUACUGUAUACGUAAGUCGUAACAAUAUCUCUCUUAGAUUUGAGAAACCUACGAUGUGAAUGUCCUUAAAGAAUCCAUAUUGGGAGUUUGUCAAUAUUAAAAUAAUCAAAACGAAUAAAAAAGAAAAAAGAACAUAGAAAAUGAAAUGACAGUUUCUUCUUGCAAUGAUAAGAGACUCAAAAUACAUGUGUUAGUCAUCUGUGACAAAGAAAAAAUAUAUAAGUAGUCAUAUUUCUUUUAUAUUUAAAUUUUAAUUACAUAAUAAAACUAUACUAAUAUUAAAUAGAUGAGAUACACAUUUGAGAGACUAUAUACCAAUGCUCUUAGUAUCGUGUGAAGGUAGUCUACUUAUGGUAUUGAUUAUAAUUACAUAAUUGAGAUUAUUAGGAAAGAAGAAAAAGUGGAAGGUGAGGUGAGGGAUGGGCUUAUCGUGAAUGUUUAAUCUAGAAAUUAGGUUAACUGGCACUGUUGGCCAACUAAAAGCAUCCUCAAAUAUACUCAAUAGUGACACUCUUCUUCUAUUGGUGUAAGGAAAUACAAAAUUCUUCAAGUAAACAAUGAUUCUAACUUGCUUACAAAGUCAUAACCACGCACGAUAUUAGCAAUAAAAACCCUACCAAAAUCCAUCAUUUCCUACACUCACACACGCUAAUAUCACCAUUACAUUAAUCGUAUACCAUACGUACACACACAUACAAGAGAAAAAAAGAGAGAUGAAAGAUCGGAUUGAGCGUUUUGUGGUAUUGCCGUUUUCAUUGGGGUGCUCAACGCAAUCCAGCGUCGCCGUUGCUGCUAGUCAUCAACACAAGAAACCAAACCAACUCACUGAGAG